AUGAAUUCCCAGAGAUUUGUGGGAAUUCUGCUCUUGGCAGUUUUUGGAUGUAUCAGUGUUGUUGCAGAUCAGGAUCCCGAAGCUCCUCCUCAGGAUGCACAGCCAGUCGGUGAUCCGGCAAUGCGGUUUGGGCCGGAAUUGGAGUUGAUUAGAGACCAAAUUCCCAUCCAAUUGGAUCAGUUGGUGAAAGACACAUUCACCGGAAGCACCGAGGAAGCGCCUCAGAUUCAAAAUGACGCCCAUGCGGUGAAGAACUUGAUGGAAAACAUGAUUGACAUGAAGAAGUCCAUGUUUUUGGGGCAUGAGAAGCACGGAAUGCAUCCCGGAUUGCAUCACGGAAUGCAUCACGGCGGUGGAUAUAGUUAUCAGGUGAAGGGAAAGUUUCCCUACGGACAUCAGCAUCAUCAUCAGUGGACGCACGAGGGCGCAUCCUUUCCCACUGGACUGGUGAAUCCGAUGCAGGGAUGCGCAGGACAACCCAAUCAACCCCUGAACGCCGUGCUCAAGUGCACAUCCAACAGCAACACUUGCAAAGCCACGUGCAUGCCGGACUACAAGUUCCCCAAUGGCGAGACGAGUCUCCUGAUCUCCUGUGUGGAAGGAGAGUGGAUUGUUCAGGGCGCUGAGUGGCCUCAAGUGCCUUCGUGCGAGCCAAUUUGCUCGCCUCAGUGUCUGAAUAAUGGCAUUUGCGUGUCGCCUGGAAUCUGCACGUGUCCUGACAACUUCCGUGGUCCUCAGUGUCAAUAUGAGAAGAAGAUGUGCCUGCAGAAACCCAGUUUGCCCUCCAAUUCCAGGCAAACGUGCACGUCAAGUCAAUGCACGAUAUCCUGUGCGAAGGGAUAUCGCUUCCCGGACGGAACAACUGUGUCGAAUGUGGUGUGUCGCGAUGGGGAGUGGAAACCGACCAGAGGAGAUUGGUCAACAGUGCCUGAUUGCCAACCUGUCUGCAUUCCGCGGUGCAGGAAUGGCGGCAAUUGCUUAUCCUUCAACGUGUGCCAGUGUCCUCCGGAGUUUCGUGGUCCGCAGUGUCAGUACAGCGUGGAGAAUUGUGCUCCGAAGAAGCUGAAGUUCAAUGGUGGAUACAAUUGUUCAGGCACUGGCGACACAAUCACUUGUACCCUUUAUUGCCCUCAAGGAGUGGAGUUUGACCAGCAGCCAGCGCCUCAAUACACUUGUAGCUACGCCAGUGGCGUCUUCUCACCUUCCUUUGUGCCCAAAUGCAUCUUCAGCAGUGAUAUGGAUGUCGUGUCGAUGGGCGGAUACAGUCAGAGCACUCAAAUUCGCACUGGUCAGACGCUCCACGGCGGCGGCUGGUCGUAUUCCCACGGCGGCGGCGGUGGCGGAGGAUAUCAGGAGAUUGAGAUCACCAAGACCAGGAAGUACAAGGAUGGCGACAAGUACUAUGUUGAUGGCGGUGGGGAGGAGUUCGAGGUGAUUCAGCUGCCUGGAGUGUACAAUCUCUACAUCUCCAAUGAGGUGGGAAUAGUUUAUCGCCAGCCGAAGCCUUCGAUCUGCAUGACCUGGAAUGGGAACAAGGUGAAGACGUUCGAUGGCCUCAUUUACAGCUCACCGCUCUUCUGUGCCCACACACUGAUCCACGAUCAGGUUGAUGGAUCCUUCAGUGUCAUUGUGAGAUCCUGUCCGAUGGGAUCUCCUCAGCCAUGCUCACACAGUCUGGUUGUCUUCCUCCUCAACAUGAUGUACACUUUUGAGAAUGUCAACGGAAGUGUGCGCUUCUCCAGUCCAAAGUCCGUCUUGCCCAUUCCUUCCCAGCUCACGGGAAUGAAGGUGACGAUGAUUGGGCAUCGGGUGAAGAUUGUCCUGGAGUCUGUGCAGACUUCUAUUCUCUGGGACACAGACAAGCUCGUCGUCGUGGAGGCUUCGCCUUCGCUGUGGAACAGAACAGGCGGAUUGUGCGGAACCAUGGACAUGGAUGUGAGGAAUGACUUCAUUUCUAAGACUGGCGCGCAGCAGAAACUGGCCAGGACAUUCGUCGACUCCUGGCGCACACCGAAUGUGGACAUAGACAAGAGCAAGUGCAUCAUGGGAUCAGUGGAGGAUAUGGACACGGCCAAGUGUGAUGCUGAGAAGAAGGCGAAAGCCAAGAUUAUCUGUGAGAAUCUCGUGAAGAGCUCAAAGUUCAUCGAGUGUCUGGAGAAGUACAACAGUGAGAUGCUCAUUCAGUCCUGCAUCUCUGACUACUGUUUCUGUCCGGACACUGAGCAUCCCGAGAAGUGUUCCUGCGAUGGGAUUUCCGUGUUUGCUCAGGAUUGUGCCUUUCAAGGAGUUGAACUCGAACACGGAUGGAGAGAUAUGGAGUUGUGUCCUCUUCCCUGUCCUGACGGCAGGAUCUACAGAGCCUGCGGACCCUCUUCCGAGCCAUCCUGUGGAGUGGCCGUGACAAAUGAGAAGGAUUCUCACUGCAGAGAAGGAUGCUUCUGUCCUGAGGGAACAAUUCAACACGAAGGAAAGUGCAUUGAUCCCUUCCAGUGUCCUUGUCAAUUGCGUGGCAAGUCCUUCAAGCCCGGAUCGAAGGUGAAGAAGGACUGCAACACGUGUACUUGUGACAAUGGAUCGUGGAAGUGCACGGAUGUGAGCUGUGGAUCUCGCUGUGGAGCCAUUGGUGAUCCUCACUAUGUGACCUUCGAUGGCAGACGCUUUGACUUCAUGGGAAAGUGUUCCUAUCGCCUCCUCCUCACGGAGAACGUCACAGUCGAUGCUGAGAAUGUGGCUUGUCCAGGAAGUAUCUCUGAAGCCAUGGAACUCAUCCCCACAAGUCUUGAUUUGCCUUCCUGCACGAAAUCUGUGACGAUUUCGUAUAAGAUCGGAGAUAAACUGCGAAGCAUCAAGCUGAAGCAGGGAAGAACAGUGUUUGUGGAUGAUCAAGAGGUGAUUAAGCUGCCCAAGACUCUCGUCCAAGGUCUACUGAAGAUCCGUCAGGCCAGCUCGACAUUCUUGUCUGUGGAAUUUCAGGACGGUCUCAAGGUUUGGUGGGAUGGAAUCACGAGAGUGUACAUCGACACGCCGGCUACGUAUCGUGACAAGACCAAAGGACUCUGCGGCACCUUCAAUUCCAAUCAGCAGGACGAUUUUCUCACUCCCGAAGGAGACAUUGAGUCCGUUGUGGAGCCAUUCGCUGACAAGUGGCGAACCAAAGAGACUUGUCCCUAUGUGACAGACACAGUUCCAGUGCCUCAUCCUUGCCAGGUGAAUCUGGAGAACAAGAGCAAGGCGGAGAAGAUGUGCGGGAAGUUGAAAGCAAAGGUGUUCGAGGAUUGUCACUGGUAUGUUGACUACAUGCCCUUCUAUGAGGAUUGUCUCUACGAUGUGUGCGCGUGCAAAGGAGACGACGUGAAUGCCUGUCUCUGUCCGAUUCUCUCCUCCUACGCAGCCGAGUGUGCUCGCCAAGGAGUCGUGAUCAACUGGCGACUCUCCGUCACUGAAUGCGGCGUCAAGUGUCCUCCGGGACAAGUGUUUGAGGAAUGCGGCGAUUCCUGCUCGCUCACGUGUGAGGAUCUCCAGGGGGACUAUCCCUGCAGGAAGCACUGUGUCGAGGGAUGCCGCUGCCCGGACGGACAGGCUCUCAAUGAGGACAAUGAGUGCGUUCCGAUCGGAAUGUGUCCGUGUGCUUACAAGGGUCUCACUUUCCGGCCAGGCUACAAAGAAGUGCGUCCAGGAAGCAAAUUCCUGGAGUUGUGCACGUGUUCCAGUGCAAAGUGGGAUUGCGCGGAGGCGAAUGAUGAGGAUGCGACGAAGUAUCCACCAGCGGCUGAUAUACGCAGCAAAUGCCUGGCCAGCAACAAUGAGGAGUUCACAACGUGCGAACCACCGGAACCGGUGACUUGCAAGAAUAUGCACACAAUCCAGGAAUCAUCGCCCAUGGAGUGUGUUGCUGGGUGUGUUUGCAAGAAAGGCUUCGUGCUGGACAUGGCCACGAAGAAGUGUGUCCGUCCGAAGGACUGCUCCUGCCACCACGGAGGCGUCAGCUACAAGGAUGGCGAUGAGAUUACGGAGCUGUGCAACAAGUGCGAGUGCGAAGGAGGAACGUGGAAGUGCACAGAUCAUCAGUGUCCGGGAAUUUGUACGUCUUGGGGAGAUUCACACUUCACGACGUACGACGGAAAGGACUUUGACUUCCAGGGAGUGUGCAAUUAUGUCCUCUCUAAGGGAAGUUUAGGCGCCGAUGGAGGAUUUUCCGUGACUAUUCAGAAUGUUCUUUGUGGUUCUCUGGGCGAAACAUGCUCUAAAUCUGUUCACAUCUCAAUCUUGGGCAGCAAUUCGGAAUCUCUAACACUCUCAGCGGAUUCUCCAAUUCCUGGAAUGAAGGACACCUCAGUGGCGCAGAAGGGGAAGCAGAGUCCUCCUCUGAAAUCCCUUCUGGUCUACAGGGCAGGCAUAUUUAUUGUCGUGGAGGCGCCUGAGAUGGGAUUACAAGUGAAAUGGGACAGAGGAACACGAGUCUACAUCACACUGAGCAAUCAAUGGCGUGGAAAAGUGCAAGGAUUGUGUGGAAAUUUCAACAAUGAUCUUCAGGAUGACUUCAAAACACCCUCAGCCGGAGUUGAGACGAAUCCCAUCAUCUUUGGCGAUUCGUGGAAGCUUCAGGAUUACUGUCCAAAGACAACGGAACAGGUGGAUUCGUGCGCCAAGCAUCCGCACAGAACCAUGUGGGCUCAGAGGAAGUGCGGAAUACUCAAGAGUGGCGUCUUCCAGGCCUGUCACGCUGAGGUUCCCGUGGAGAACUUCCUGAAACGCUGCACUCACGACACUUGCGCUUGCGAUCAGGGAGGAGAUUGUGAGUGUCUCUGCACUGCUCUGGCUGCUUAUGCACACGCUUGCACUCUCAAAGGCGUCUCGAUCCGCUGGAGAACUCCAGACUUGUGCCCAAUGCAAUGCGAUCCGGAGUGUUCAUCCUACAGUCCUUGCAUUUCUUCGUGUCCUGUCGAAACGUGCGACAAUGUCAUCACCACGAGCAAGGACAAGUGGAUGUGCAGCGAGGAUUCGUGCGUGGAGGGAUGCAAACUCAAGGGAUGUCCAGCAGGACACAUCUAUUCGAACGAAACCUUCUCUGAUUGUGUUCCCAAAUCAAUCUGCAAACCGUUGUGCAUGGAAAUCAAUGGCGUUUCUUACUACGAAGGAGACAUUUUGUCGUCUGAUCUCUGCCAGACGUGCCGCUGUUCCAGGAACAAGAAGAUAUGCAGCGGCGCUCCGUGUGCUGAAGGUGUGACGACAGUGGAUCAUAUGUUCGUCACACGGAAGCCUGAUCAGGAUGAGGACUUGAAGUGUGUCAGCGGAUGGUCUGAGUGGAUCAAUCAAGAUGUUUCCGCCACGCUUGGUGUGAAGACAGUCAAGAAGGGAAAGAAGAUUGGCGAGAAGGAACCAAUUCCUAACUAUCUGCUCAUGAAGAACGUCAUUGGAGCCACUUGUUCGCCGGACAAGAUCAGCAAAAUUGAGUGCAGAACUGUGGGCGAUCACAAAUCGGUCAAGUCAACGGGAGAAAACUGCGAAUGUUCCCUCGAGAGAGGACUCGUUUGCGAGGGAUCCUGUUCAGACUACGAGAUCCGCGUUCUGUGUGACUGCGAUGGAACUUAUGUGGAGCAAAAGACACUGGCUCCCAUCGCUUCAGUGCCUGUGACAGUGUGUGAUCCCAGUAUUCCUCACGUUGAGUAUCCCGGAGAUUGCUUCAAGUUCCGCCACUGCAUGCCAAUGCCGGAUGGAUCGUGGCAAUAUGCGGAGAAGACUUGUGGUCCAACAAUGAUGUUCAAUCCCAAGACGAUGAUCUGCGACUGGGUGUUUUCCGUGAUGGAGAUCAAGCCAGAGUGUGGAAAACCCGGAAAGCCCAAGGAAGACAUUAAGAUUAAGGUUGACAAGUGUCCUCCUGGCGAGGCGUGGACAGAUUGUGUGAUUCCCUGUGCGAACUCUUGCCACUAUUACGUGUGGGUGCUGAAGAAGAAUGGCUUCUGCAGCAACAUGUGGGAUGAAUUGGUGGGAUGUGCUGGUGGAUGUGUUGACGCCAGUCAAUUGGAGAUCCCUUGCCCUGCUCCAGGACUCUGGAGGGACAAAUCCUCAUGCGUGCAGCGCAAUCAGUGCACUUGCGCCAGCAAGAGUGGAACUCUGGUGAAGCCUGGAGAAGUGUUCAGGGAGUCAGAUUGUGAGCUGUGUCAGUGCAUAGACAAUGCCUAUGUCUGCGACACUUCAACGUGUACAAGACAGAAAGUCGAGUACACUGUUGCUGUUGAGGACAAAACUGAACAUCCUCCGGUGAUCUUCACACGACCAGUCACCACUGAGCGUCCGCUGAUCAUCCAAACUACAGUCUCUCCGCCGCCAGUGUGUGAUCUGACCAAGUAUCAGCUGAUUCCCGUGCUCAGUGGCGAAGAUACUCACAUGCCAGAUUCAGCCUUCUCGGCGUCCAGUGUCUUGGGAUCAUUCUUCGAGGCACACUUUGCCAGGAUCAACUCCAAGCCCAGCGAAAUCUGCAGCGGAAGCUGGUCUCCUGCCACCAAUGACGAUUCUCAGUAUCUUCAGAUCACAUUCCCUCAGCAAAUGCCACUCUAUGGGGUGCAGAUCAGCGGAAGUCCUCUCUACAAUCACUAUGUGAAGCUCUUCAAGAUCCUCUACAGUCACGAUGGGGUGGCUUUCAGCUGUCUCAAGGACGGAACAGCUGAAGAUCAGCUCUUCUACGGCCCUGUAGAGUCCAGUGCGAUGACUCAGUCUCUCUUCAGCAUCCCCAUUGAGGCGAAGGUGGUGAGAAUUUAUCCACUCAAGUGGCAUGAAGCCAUCGCCAUCCGGAUUGAAUUGCUUGGCUGUGGAAAAGUGCUGACGACAACCACUCCCAAGCCAACCACUGAAGCGACAACCAAGAAAUCCACUCCGAUUCCCAUCAAACUCACCACGUCGAUAACGGAGGAAUUGGUUCAGCCCAUCUGUGAUGAUCCGAUGGGGGUGGAAAAUGGAAAGAUGAGUCCGCCACAGAUCAAAUUCAGCUCCUCAAAGGCUGAUCAUUUGGUGUUGAGGAAACCUCCGAGCGCCAUAGAGCAGCUGAAGUUGUCCUCUCCUCAAGGAUGGCUGCCCAAUGUGGACACACCCAAUGAAUUUGUCAUCUUCGACUUCCUGGAGAAGAGAAAUCUCACCGGAUUGAAGGUCAAGGGAGGUGAUUACGGAUGGGUGACGGCCUUCAGGGUCUACUACAGCCAGGAUGAGGUGCUCUGGAAUCUUAUUCAGGGUCCUGAUGGAUCAGGAAAGCUCUUUGGCGGCUGUAUUGAUAGCCAGAUUGUGAAGGUUAACAUGUUUAAGUAUCCAAUCCAAGCGAGAUACCUUAAAAUCGUCCCUGAGAAGUGGCAGGAGAAGAUUGAGAUGAAGAUCGAACCACUGGGAUGCUUCCAGCCAUAUCCGCAUGUUGAGCAGGAGAAGAAAAUUGAGGAGGUCAAGUCUGUGCCUAAGAUUAAGUGUGGCAUUUGUGCAGGAGUUCUUCCACCUCUCACUGGUGUUGUGGGCGUUUGCAAUUGCUAUCCGCCUCAAGUGUGGAACGGUCAGGAGUGUGUUCAGCCCAGCCAAUGUCCUUGCAUGGUUGGACACAUUCCCUAUGAAGUUGGAGCGCACUUUGAACUCGAGGACUGUUCAGAGUGUGUUUGCGUGUUGGGAGGAAAUUCCCAGUGUCAGCAGAAAGUGUGUCCUGCCUGUGAGAAAGGACUGCGACCGGUGAAGUCUCCCAAUUGCCAAUGUUCCUGCGAAACUUGUCCACAAUCCACGAUUCUCUGUCCCACAAGUGGAGAAUGCAUUGCUGAGCACUUGUGGUGCAACGGCGUGAUGGAUUGUCCUGAUGAUGAGAUCAAUUGCAAACCGAAAGGACCAACAAUUGAGACUGUUCUGAAUAUCACAAAGACUUGUCCAGCUCCACAUUGUCUGCCUGGUUAUCGGGUGAAGGUGAUUGAAAAGAAGCCCGUCGAAUCGGCGAUGUUUACGCAUAAAACCAAAGGACGAUGGCGGAAGAAACCAUCGAAAUACUCAAAGUUCAAUUUCCACAAGAAUCGCUACAAUUCUCAUCUCGCCACGCCAUCAAGCUCACCAUCAAUUGUCGACGAGCCUGAGAAGUGCAUUGAAUUCAUUUGCGUGCCGGAGAAAAUGCUUGUGCCGAAGAAUGACACGAUUGUGGCUGUGAAGUGCGUGAAGCCUCAGUGUCCAGAAGGAUACAAUCUGGUGUCGGAGAAGCCAAUUCCACCCAGCAUUUGUCCUGUCUUCGACUGCGAACCGCAGCCACAGAGAGAUGCAGUGUGCAAUGUGACUGGGAGGAAUUUCAACACGUUCGAUGGAAUGGAAUUUAAAUUUGAUAUUUGCAGUCACGUUCUGGCCAGAGAAUUCUCAGGAGGGAAUUGGACAAUUACUCUGCUGAAAAAUUGUUCUGCCGGCGAUUUUCUCUGCACGAAGGAAGUCGAGAUCACGGACACUGAGCUGGAGUGCAUCGUGACUCUCUAUCCUGAUCUGACGGUGAAGUACAAUGGCUACAUUUACACUGUGGAUCAGCUGCAGAAGGGCAAGGAUAAGAUGAACUUCGCUGUGUCAAAAGUUGGUGCGACGAUCGUCUUUGUCUCACACAAUCACGGUUUCUGGGUGACUCUGGAUGAGUACGGAGACAUCAAGAUCGGAGUGAGUCAGAAGUAUUCAUCCCAAGUGGACGGACUCUGUGGAUUCUUCAACGGUCAGAUGAGAGACGACAAGAGACUGCCCAAUGGCGAUGAUGCUCAGUCGACAGUGGAGUUUGGUGAGGCGUGGUAUGUUGAUCGGAUGUCCAAGGAGAAUUGUCAGCCUCAUGCUUGUCCGCGGGAUAUUCAAGAGGAAGCCUGGAGGAUCUGCAAUGCAGUUGGCGAAACUUUCAGUGUUUGUGAGAAAUCAAUGGAUAUAGAAAAAUUCACUUCCAAGUGCAUUGAAACUGCUUGUGAAUGUCUGAGAUCUUCCAAGAGUUCUGAAACAUCUGGAAAAUCCCCGGCGCAUCGGUGCAAAUGCUCAAUUCUUCAGGGAUUCGUUAGGGAGUGCUUGGCGGCUGAUGAUAAAGUGCAUCUGGACACUUGGAGGUCAACUUACGACUGUGAAUUGCCUUGUCCGCCAUCCUUGGUCCAUCGCGAUUGCUACAGACGACGUUGCGAGCUCUCCUGCGACACGCUGAAGAGCGAAGACUGUCCGUAUUUGCCGGGAACGUGCUUCUCAGGCUGCUACUGUCCCGAGGGAACCGUGAGGAAGGGCGAUAAGUGCGUGAAUCCAACGCAGGAGUGUCUGGACUGCGUUUGUGAUGGAUUCGGACAGAGUCAAUAUGUGACUUACGACAGGAGCAAUUUCACUUUCGACGGAAAUUGCACGUAUUUGCUCACGAGGGAUCUGAUCUUCCCAGGAUUGCACACUUUUGAGGUGUUUGUGAAUCUUGGUCGAUGCAAAGGAGGCUCAACGUGCACAGAAGCUCUUCAUGUCCUGCACAAUGACAACAUAUUGCAUCUGCAGAGGAAGAAGGGAACGGCGGAGAUUGAGAUUUUCGUGAAUGGGGCUCAAGUGAGGCAACUUCCUUAUGCCAAGGAGUGGGUGAAAGUCACUGAGGAGCCUGGGAAACUGAUUAGAGUGCUUCUGCCGCUGUCUUUCCUCGAGCUGACGACGACUUUCGAGGAUAUGUCUUUCUCCCUUCGAGUGCCGAGUCUCAAGUAUGGCGGGAAGUUGGAGGGAUUGUGUGGAGACUGUGAUGGCGAGGAUGAGAAUGAUCUUGUGAUGAACAAAGAGGUGGCAGUGGUGGAAAAUCCCACUGUUCAGGACAUUGUCAUGAGUUGGCAGUCACGAAAUCCCGCCCUCAAUCUGCCUGACGAUGAGUGCGUGAGUGAGGAGAGGAAGGAAGUUGAGUGUGCUCAGCAUGACGCGGAUCCUUGUAUGAAGCUACUUGAGUUGGAUGUCUUCGCGCAGUGCCACUUAGUUGUCGAUCCUAUCAUGUACGUUUCCGCCUGUCAGAAGGAUCUCUGUCGGAAUGAGAAGGGCUCGUGUGAAUCCCUUGCUGCCUACGCCAGAGAAUGCGCUCAGAAUGGGAUCUGCAUUGACUGGAGAAAGCCCGAUUUCUGUCCGCACGACUGUCCGCAGCCGCUUGAGUAUCAGGCGUGUGGAUGUCGAGAUUCUUGUGAGUCAUUCCUGAAGAAGGAACAGCAGCAUGUCCUCCUCGACGUUUGCACGGUGAAUCGCGAGGAGGGAUGCUUCUGCGGGGAGGGAAAACUCCUCCACAACGGCGUCUGCAUCGUGCCGAAGAUGUGCCAAGCUUGCGAUGAUGAUCACUUUGCCGGAGAUGUUUGGUUCAAAGACAAGUGCAACAGAUGCGAAUGCUUCGCCGAUGGGAAGAUCAUCUGCACGAAGACAGAGUGCCCAGCUGAUGAUGUGGUGUGUCGCCGGGGAUUCAGAGCCAUUGAGAUGCCCACUGUUGACUCAUGUUGCAAGAAGUUCGUCUGCGUUCCCGAGGAAGUCCAGCCGAAGGAGGAGUGUCCUUUGACGGCCUUGCCGAAGUGUGGUCAGGAUCAGGUGAAGAAGAUCGAGUAUGAUAGCAAUAAUUGCACGAAAAUCAUCUGCGAAUGCAAACCAGCUUCUGAUUGUCCGCCACCUGAAGUAUUCCCAGCACAACUUCUGCCGGGAUUCAAGGUGUUCGAGGACACCUCAGGAUGCUGUCCGACGGCUCGGCUGGAAUGUGACAAAUCCCUCUGUCCGCCGCCGAUCACUCAAUGCUCAGAGGAGUUCUUCGAGGUGGUGAAGACGGAGGCAAAGAGCGACGAAUGCUGUGAUUCCUUCAAGUGCACAGAGCCCAAGGGAGUGUGCAUUGUCCAGGAGAAUGGAAAGAACAGCAUCAAGAAGAUUGGGGACAAGUGGAAGUCAUCCGAUCCUUGUCUCCUUCUCGUCUGCACCGUGUCUCUGAGUGGGAGCGUCAUUGUGAGUGCUGAGAAGGAGAUUUGCGAAGAUGACUGUAAAAUGGGCUUCAAAUACGCGGCGCCCACGAUGGGAUCCGACAAAUGCUGCGGCGAAUGCGUUCAAUCACACUGCAAAGAUGUGACUGGAUUCUUUGAGAUCGGCUCGACGUGGAGGAGUUCAGAUAAUUGCACAACCUUCCGGUGUGAGAUGAAGGAUGGCCAGUUCUACAUUGUGUCCGAGCAGGAGUCUUGUCCGGAUGUGCACGAUUGUCCGCAGGAGAAGAGAUACACGAAGGGCUGCUGUGUCUUCUGUCAGCCGGAGAUUUCUGAUCAGAAGAAAUGUAUUCCGGAGGUUCACAGCGAGAGCGACACAGUCGGAUUGGUCACACAAUCCACUCCCGAUCAUGGCCAGUGCACAAAUCUCACUCCCUUGCCGCUCCUCGAUGUUCUCCUCACCUGCACAGAUGGACACAAGAUCAGCAAGAAGGUUCCUAUUCCGCAGACUUGCAAUUGCUCUCAAUGUCCUGGCUUUGUGAAGCAUUGAAGAGAAGGCAUAAUAACUCCACUGGUAAGUGUGGCUUGUAUUAUUUGAUGCUAAUAAAAGGUCGUCAGUA